AUCACUGAUAAUGUCUUUCCUUUUGUGGUUCCUCCCCAUUUAUACAGUUUUCAUUUUGCACUUUACUUUUCUCACAUGCUCAUUACUAUCUCGUUUAUCAGUGUCACGUGUUUAUCCAAAAUAUCUUACUGUAUUUGAUUUUAACUCUGGCGUCUUCACAGUGCAGGUUGGUUGCAUUAGACAUGUGCAUUAUUGGCUAUCAAUGGGAGGUGCACCAACGGCUAUGUAUGAGAGG